AUGGACCCUGUCUCCCUUCUAACGGGUAUUCCGGACCUCAUCGAACGAUGCAUCCAAGCCUACGACUUCUUCCAAGGAAUCAAGAAUGCACCAAAGGCGUGUUCGGAGCUGAUGGAAGAGCUCAGAGUAGCCCGGGAGAGGUUACAGGAGAUACAGAAGUGUGUAAACGGAGGGGAUGACAAGGAGCAGGAGCAACUGUCUGCAUCGCUGCGGAAUUACAAAACUACCUUGGUUAAGUUGGAUUCCGUUUUAAAAGUGUACGGUGACCCAAAGUUCGAGUUCAACAUCAAGAGACGCGUCAAGUGGACGUGGUCGGGCGAGAAGAAAAUCAAGGCACUGCGCGAUGAUAUAAAGCAAAAUUCUGGGAAUUUGCAGCCUCUUCUGGUCAAGAUGGCGAAAGAUAUUGACGAUAUGAAGAAGCGCCAGCAGGAAGCUGAUGCCAAGAAGGCAGCCAAGGAACUAGCCGAACGUCUCCAGAACAUUGUGAAAUGGCUGGAGCCUCUAAAUUCCGAGGCGAAGCUGCAAGGAGUGCGCGAACGGCGUCAGCUCGAAACAUGCGAAUGGCUGCGUGAGCAUGACCAAUUCGUCUUGUGGUAUUCGUCUGGUUCUUUUCUGUGGUUGAACGGUAUACCGGGUAACGGCAAAACCAUCCUCGCGUCGUUUGUCAUCGACCAUUUGAGAGAAAAGGUCACCAGCGGCGAAGAGAUCGUUUUGUUUGCUUUCGCGGACUUCCAGGAUGUCCGAAGCACCGAUGUAGUCGUACUGCUGCGCACACUACUCGCGCGGAUUCUCGAGUGUUACAAACCGGAGAACUUUGUCAAGGACUUCGGCGAGUUGGAGAUGUCCAUGCAUCAGCACCAUACAGAUCCGCCCAAAUCGGUCAGCUAUCUCAUUCAGUUGCUGAGAAAGGUGAGUGCACCUUGGAAGCGCGUGUUCAUCGUCCUCGAUGCUCUUGAUGAGUGCGCGCCGGAAAAUCGGAGAGAAUAUAUAGCGGCAAUUCGCGAGCUUGCGUCCGCACGUUCCAAUUUUUCCAUCUUUGUUACUAGCAGAGGGGAGCAGGACAUCUUGGACGUUCUGAGCCACGUCCCUACUAUCUCUCUCCGGGACGAAACUCAGAGAGUCCAGGAUGAUAUACAAAGAUUCAUCGAGGACAGGAUGAACACCUCUUAUCUUCCGCUUGCACGGGUUCGUGAACCGGUUCGUACACGUAUCACGUCGACUCUUCUGGAGAAGUCCAAGGGCAUGUUCCGGUUGGUCGACUGUCAGCUGCAAUCCUUGGCAAAAGCGAAAUUCGAAAGUGACAUCGACGAGAUACUCCAAAAUCUUCCUGCUGACUUGAAUUCAAUGUAUGAAAGGAUCCUUCAAAGUGUCAAAGGAGAGGGCCAGCGCGCUGUGAAAAUAGUCCAGCGUACGCUUUGGUGGUUGGUUGGAUCGCAUCGACAGCUGCGUCUUGCGGAACUUGUGGAGGCUGUCAUGGUAGAAACAGGAAGAGACUCGCCGAACAGGGACUUGAAGCCUCUGAGCGGCGAGCAUCUUUUGGAGAUGUGCUCAAGUCUGGUCCGCUACGACGCUGAGACAGAUAUUGUGGUAUUAUCCCAUGCCUCUGUGCAGGAUUUUUUAUUUUCGGAUUAUCUCAAACGAACGGCGCAUCAUUCAAACUAUCAUAUUCCAUCGUUCUCCUUCCUGCACCGGCAUACCACCGACCUCAUUUCCGCAUAUCUUCACUAUGAGGAUUUCCAGAAUGGGCCGUGUAGAACAGAGCAAGACCUUCUCAAGCGUUUAGAAGAACAUCCUCUCCUUGUCUAUGUCGUUUCGAACUGGGAUGUACAUACUGUCAAAAUGUAUGAAACACGGCCUGACUCGGAGUCGGAAGAGCCUCCUGACUUUGACGUGUUCCUUACUCUCUUCGAUAACUUGGAGAAGGACCUACUCGCUCAGCGUUCGCGCAGACAACUCUCUUAUUUUGGUACGGACCUGAGAGAUGUCACGAAGGAUGGUUCCUCCAAGUUGGAGUGGCAGAGCCUUAGCUUCUCCUCUAGCAAAAUCAUAUAUCUCGGCACAGAGGUCUUAAAAACUAUCCGUGGCGAGACCUGUCAAAUACCACCCUCCGUCGAAGAGCUGGAUUAUAUGGUCUAUCCUCUUGUGUCUGAAGGGCCAGCAUCAUUGGUACGGGACCUCCUGCACAAACUUCCCGAGUUCAAAGAGCACCCGUUAUUCUACUUUGGCACACCCUUGAUGAUUAGCAUUUCCACGGGCAAGCUAGACACCGUAAAAAUGCUAUUACAAGAAUUUCACGUCGAUGUGAAUAAUCGUGCUCAGCAUUAUCAUUGCAAUUAUGAAGUUGUGUCCCCCAUCUUCCUCGCGACCAAGUAUGGACACGUUGAAGUGGUUAAGCAACUUUUGGAUUGCGGUUCGGCUACUGUAUUUCCCCCUGAGCCCCACCCCCAGUCAUUCCCGGAACAUGUACCAGAGGACGGUCAUAGCGACAUCAUCAUUGGAGCCGCCGACCACGGUCGUGUAGACAUUCUUAAAGCUCUACUUGGUCAUGGAGUCGAUGUGAAUACUAGGUCCAGUAUCAGUGGUGAUACUGUCUUACAUACGGCCAUAAGGUACGGCCGUAUUGACAGUGUCAAAGUUCUUGUCGAUGCGGGCUGCGAUAUCAGUCCUCGUUCUAAGGGGAAAACACCCCUUGAUUUCGCUCUGAACCAACGCUCUUCGGAUCUUAUCCGAUAUCUGCUCGAAAAGGGUGCUUCAUUCGAUCAAUGCUUACCUCAAAAUUUUGAGGACCUGGAGUGGGCAGCCGGAGAGCUGUGGUACCCGGAGACGCGACAGAAUCUGUCGAUACUCGAUGGUGGCCCCAAGUUGCAACAGGACAUUGAGAAAAUAGCGCGCCUGUUGGAAAAGCGGCUUAGUACUUCGCAAGCACCGGGUAUCAUCCGGGCUAUCCUUGAUUUUGCCGAAUUGUGGAUUGUGAAUUCGUUUGAACGACAUGAGCAUGUCAACGUCCGAGAUGACUCCCCUCGUGAACCCUAUAUCUCUACACCACCGAUUGCUGGUAGCCCGGAGAACCCGGUUCGGCGCAUCAUCUUCACGACGUUGUCCCAUGGCAAGAAAGAAUGGAUACUCAAAGGGCAUGCCGGAGGCUUAUAUUCUGAUUCAUAUACUUGGUUUGAAGCUGGGGUAGAGUCCAGCCCUGGCAUAUUCAUGCGAAUUCAGGAUAAUGUCACCGCUGACCUCCAGAGUCGGACUCAUGUCAAUGUGUGGGACUAUCAGGAUGCCCCAUCUUCCAUCAAGGAAUGGAUGGCCAAAAUCAAACCGGGGGAUACGAUCUCUGUGUACCCGAGAGCGGGAAUACCCUACUCGACAAAUUAUGUGGAGAGUAUCAAGAUAACGGUGUAUACGUCGUACAUCUAA